AGCGACUUUUUCUGACCUCGGGUGCAGUACAUUUACUUUAGCAUUAGUUUGCGCUAGAGUUCACCGAAGAACAGGUGCGAAAACUAGAAACAAUAAUGACUGGUAUGGGAAGGAUACUUAUUUUUGUGUUUUUCAUAUACGGAUGUCAGGCCGUUCAGGACAUAGCUAAAAAAUGUGAUAUACCUGCUACUGCACCUAAAAAAAUAGAAGAAGUAAUAAAUACCUGUCAGGAUGAAAUAAAAAUAGCUAUUUUAUCAGAGGCUUUAGAAGUUCUGAGUGUGAAUGAAGAAAAAGCUAGGGUGAAAAGAUCCACAUUUAAUCCCGAUGAAAAACGACUUGCAGGGUGCCUUCUUCAAUGUGUAUACCGCAAAUUGGACGCUGUUAAUGAAAACGGAUUUCCUACUGAAGAAGGACUUGUAACACUUUAUACAGAAGGCGUCACUCAAAAGGAAUACGUGACAGCCACAAAACAAGCCGUGCAAACCUGUUUAACUCAAGUUCAAAAAAAAUUAUUGGUUACUCCAUUAUCUUUAGAAGAAUCCAAGGUCUGCGAUGUAGCUUAUGAUGUAUUUGAUUGUGUUUCCGAAGAAGUAGCCAAGUACUGCGGACAAACUCCAUAAACAUUAUGAGUACUGUACUUGAAUUUUGUGUUACAUUACUAACUUUGAGCUUAGAUUAUUUUUAGAUAUAUUUUCUAGUCAACAAAAAUAUUUAUGCACUGUAUUUAUCACUAUAUCUCGACAUUUAACAUGUUUAUAGAGAAGUAAUUACAAUUUUAAAAUAAAAAAUACAUAAAUGAUACUUU